UGCUCGGGGAAGAAGAAUUGCGUCGUAGUACGUUGUUUUCUUUACUCUCAUCGGUUUGUUUACAACAACAACGUUGCUCUUGUUUAGUUUAUCUUCGUGGUGUAAGAUUUUCAAACAUUAAAAUUGUUUAAAAGGAAUCUGAAAGAAUGGCUGCAGCAUCUUCUCGUGGUCCUUCCGGCAAAGCUGUUGGUGCAAAAGCUGGCUCUGGAAAUGAAGCUACACGUUUAAAAGGACUUCAAAUUAUUAAACCGAUUAUUUAUGGAAAUGUUGCAUGGUUUCUCGGUAAGAAACGAGAAGAAGAUGGACAUACCCACCAAUGGACUGUUUACCUGAGACCAUAUGACAAUGAGGAUAUGUCCGUGUAUGUCAAAAGAGUGCAUUUCAAAUUGCAUGAGAGCUAUUCCGAACCAAAUCGAGUUUGUCAUCAACCUCCAUAUACUAUUACGGAGACCGGAUGGGGUGAGUUUGAAAUCGCAAUCAAAGUUUUUUUUCAAGAUAGUAACGAGAGGCCAGUCACUUUAUACCAUUUUCUGAAAUUAUUUGACCGUGAAAAAGAUGGAAGUGUAAAGGUUGGAGCUGGUCCUGUGGAUUCCGAAUUUUAUGAUGAAUUGGUUUUCUCUGACCCAACAAUCAAGAUGCAUCGACUUUUGACUCAUCCUAAGCCCAGCGCAAGUGGACCAACACAGCACAAGACCGAUUAUGAGGAGAAGAAAGUAGUAGAUUUGAAGAAAGUAAUGGUAGCAAGGGAGGAAAUUAAAAAGAAAAUUGCUGAAACUAAAGCCGAGCUCCUGGCUAAGCAAGAGGAAAUUUCAAAAUUGAAGCUGGAGGCCAAACUUGAUAAAGACUAAUGUAUCCCAUAUAUUUUCAUUCCAUACUGUGCAUUAUAUGAAGAACUGAUUUCUACUUGACACUAACUAUUUUCAUAAGAGGUCAUCUGAUGGGACAUUUUUGUGUGAAUUGAAGAGAAAAGCUUUUGUAAGAUGUAUCAAAUAUAGGUUAAAGUGGCCAACAGUUAAUUGUGCAGAAAAGAGUAUGUAUACCAUAUAAUUUUCAGUUAAUAAAAAGAUAUAUUUUGUUCCAUU